AUGGAUCCAGCAACCAUAAUUGGGACCACGUCUGCUAUCCUCAGCUUCGUUCAAUUCUCUGGAAACCUCAUUUCAGUGGCCUCCAAGAUCUACGAGAGUUCGGACGGCGCCGUUGACGACAACCGAAAGCUGGAAGAGGUUGUCACCGAUUUCCAAACUCGCCUCCGGAGUCUACAGCCAUUGGACACAAGCUUCUGCACCACUGAUUCCCAAGCUGAGGUGUCUGCGGCCAAGACCGAUGCCGAGAAGAGCCUCUUGCGGACGGCCAGCCAAUGUGAGACGCUUGGUAAUGUGAUACUCGAGAUCCUGAGCAAGACCAAAGCAAAAAUCAUUCAGAUCGACGAGACACAAUCACCAUCCUUAUUGAGGCGUUCUUGGAGGCGCAUCCGCAAGGAUGCUCCUGUUGACAUUGCUGGUACGAGCAAACCGACAUUGACGGAGGCGAUCAGAGCGAGUAUCCAGACCGUCUGGCAAAGAGACAAGAUCGGCGUCCUCCGCCAGGAAUGGGAGUUCUGCGUGAGCCGAUUGAAUGCAGAUCUCCAGAGGCUGGACGCAGAAGGGAAGCACGAUGUCAUAUGCAGGGCAUUUCAAAAGAACUCGGAGCAGGUUGACAAGAUUGGACACCUUCUCGAGUCGCUGAUGCAGCACCGAAUCCCCCAGUUCGAAUGUCUGCAGUCCUUCCUCGACGACUUUAAAGAAGCCGAUGAACCCCGCCACUUGGAGCAGAGAAACAUUGGAUGGAUACUGAAAGCUUUGGAAUUUGAUUGCAUGAACGCAAGAAGAGACCAGGUAGAGGACACCGUGGGAAACACCUUCAAGUGGCUCAUCACCAACGAUGCCGUGCCGCAUGAUCAUCCCGAGCUGAAGGUCUCUUUGAAGACAUGGUUGAGUAAUGGCACCGGUGUCUUCCAUGUUACAGGGAAGCCAGGGAGUGGCAAGAGUACUCUCAUGAAGCUCGUCGACCGGGCUGCAGAGACCCAGUGGCAGCUUGAGAGGUGGGCUUCUCGGACAGGGGAUCGUCUCAUCAUUGCGAGGUUCUAUACAUGGAAAGCAGCAAAUGCGCACCGUCUUCAAAAUCAGGAGGAGGGCCUAACUCGUACUCUGCUCCACCAGAUCCUCACCGCCGCCCCCGAGCUUGCGCGAGUUGCAUUUGCCAAGCACCCUUGCUGGAACCCUCAAGAACAUCGUCUCGCCAAACACUUGUCUCGGAGCCAAGGCAUUUCAGCAACCAUUCGUCUCGAGCCAGAGGAUAUCCUCGCUGCAUUAGAGAGCCUUUUCCGCGUUGAGGGAUACUGUUUCUUCCUCCUGAUUGAUGGCAUGGACGAAUUCGAGAAGCCACACAACCAUCGCGCAAUCGCAGAACGCGUCCGGCAGUGGAGCUCUUGCAAUUUGCAGAGAGUGAAGGCCUGCGUGUCAAGUCGCGAGGAAAAUGCUUUCAUGGGCAAGUUCUCUGCUGACCAGCGUCUGCGGUUGCAUAUGGUGACCGCUUCAGAUAUCCGCCAACUAGUGGACGUACGUUUGAUGGAGCACGAUCAUUUUCGACAAGCCUCCCCAUCCGAUCGCCAUGACCUCACCCACAAACUUAUGGACAAGGCUGAAGGCGUGGUCCUCUGGGUGGUCCUCACGAUCCACGAGCUCAAGAUGCUCAUGGAUGACAGCCAGAGCUUCCGAAUACUUCUUGAAGAAGUGGACAGGCUUCCAGGGGAAAUGGAAGAUUUCGUGCGCGAAAUACUCAGUCGAAUUCCAGACGCAUACAAGGAGGAGUCCGAGGCUAUCUUGUUUGUUGCAUCCACCACACUUGCCAAGGAUUCCCGACUCUUGACUCUGUUCCAUUAUUCAAUGCUCCGAAGAUGUAUCAAAAUUCAUGACCCGGAUGCUGUCCAUAACCCCUCCGCCAUGAGCUUGGACGAAGCUGUUUUACAUAUGAAAGAAUUCAGAUCCAGGCUUCCGAGUUUGUGCAAAGGGCUGGUCGAAAUAGCACCUAGCUCGGAUUGCAAUCUUCUGUAUCACGACAUGAGUGAUGAAGAUAGAUGCACCACCAUACAGUGCAGCCACCGCUCGGUGUUUGACUUUCUGCGGAAUCGCUCCGACAAAACCUCGGUUAUAGUGGACUCCAAAUCCUCUUCUGGAACCCGGGUCAUUCUCCUGGUAGUUCACUCGGUCAUCGAGAUCAUAAAAGCAAUCCCAUGGGACAAGACCCGAACCAGCUGGUUUGGAGGGAAGGGGGAAAAACCUGAUUAUUUGACACGUCUAUUGGGGUCGAUCCAAGAUGAACUGCGCCGCAAUCCCCAGUGGGGCAACUUGAUCUUUCCGUUAUUAAGGACACUCGAAGCGACUAUUCUUCGCAGCCAAGGGGCCAUAGCAGCUACCGUGCCAUUCAACUCAAUGACUUCGAUCGAUGUCCGACUCGAAUCAGAUACGUUGACUCUAUUCUUUCUUGCGUUACAGCUAGACUUUUGCGAGUACAUCCAGUGGGCGACGAGGAACUAUCCUCGGUGGAUUCUGACACGGGAAGCCAAGACAUACAUUACGGCAUCAUUCAGAAACUCUGAAGUUUUGGGUAUGCCUUCAAUGCUAGUCCACGGAGUACGUACACUGCCAACUCGAUGCCUGACAGAGAGUGGGUGGUUGUCGAUCAACGAACCACUCUCACCUGGAUGGAAAGCCUUCCCAGGCGCCCCGCACCUCCAGCAGGCGUCUAUGUGGGUCAGGGCCUUGAUUUUCUACAUCUUAGAUUCUCGAGAGGAUUUUAUAUCACACAUGGGGAGACCCGACUUGCACGUCGAAUUUGAGGCGGCAUUGGCAGCCGGAGCAGAGCCCCGCAUUCGAUUCAACUGGUGGUCUCAAGCAGAGUUUGCUGUUCCACAUCGCGGCGUCAAUCGAGGAGCUGAUCUGGCCCUGGGAACACCAUCUCCAACCUCCCCACGUGUGCGAAACCAGGUACCACUUGGCUCUGAAUUUGGUGUAACGAUAGAAGUGGGAGACUCUCUAGAACCAUAUCUAUUGCAGGGGGCUCGUACACAUGAGUCACGGCGGCCAGAACGGGAUGACACGAGUCUCAUAAUGUUUUUUGUGAGCCGUUUUCAAAAAGCGUCAGGGACAGCGACGUUGAAAGACAUGGUUAAGGUACUGGUCAAUCCUGACAUGAUACGACGUCAACGUCCCCUGGAUGAAUAUAAAGGCAAUAAAAGUUGGUAUCAAGGAGAAUUGAGGAGAGAAUGCCGAUUUCUCCAGGCUAUUGACGAUGCUCUUGCCAGGGUUGGUGUGUUCGAUACCCAGUCAGAUUUGUACCCCACGGGAACUACAAACGAGAAUGAUCAGAACCCAGGGACGGGAGAGAGUGAAGACGAACCAUGCCAAUCACACUGGUUGAGCCUUAGGGGUUACUUCCAUAGCUGGCAGACCUUUAUCGUUGCCCUCUUAGACCAACUCUUCGUGUUGCCGGGUACGGACAGCCCUUCAUCCUGCGCAGGAUGCAUCACGAGAAUUGCUACCGUCUCGUCGGGCCUGCAUUGGUUGAUCAGCUUUUUAGGGUAG